GAACUUAGGUUAUGUUUCAAUUUCGUCGUGCUCGUUUGGUAAAGUCGGUAUCAGCUAGGUGAAAGCCCUUUCUGAUUGGCCUGGAAUGUGUGUUUUUUUGUAAGACCGUGGCUGUGAAGGCUUAGUGGAAUUCACCAAAAAAUAGGAAGAAGAAUAAAUUAUUAAAUCGAUUUUUGUUUUGGCAGCUAUCAUGGUUAUGUAUGUAGUUCUUAUGAAAAUGUGAAUUAGAAAAUACUCUGAAAAUCAUUUAAGACCCAAUAAAUAGAUAAAUUCAAGAAAUAUGGAAAACAGUACUGGGACUGAAUAUCAACAAUCCCAAGAAAACGUAAGGGUCUUUAUAAGGGUAAGGCCGCUUAGUAAAAAAGAACUGUCUGAAGGAAAUGAAAAUAUUGUUUUAUGCGAUUAUAGAGAAAAUCUAAUUGCAUUAAGAAAAAAUGGAGAGCAUACUAAGCCUUUUAAAUUUGAUCAUAUAUUUGGAUUGGAUACUACACAAUUGGAAAUGUACAAGAUGACAGCAUUUCCAAUAGUGGAUAAAGUGUUAGAAGGUUAUAAUGGUACUGUUUUUGCUUAUGGCCAAACAGGAACAGGCAAAACCUACACUAUGGUAGGCAACCAUUUGGUUCCAGAACUAAAAGGUAUUGUGCCAAAUACCUUCUCUCAUAUUUUUAGUCAGAUCGCCAGAGCUAGUGAAGAAAAAUCAUUUGUUGUAAAAGCCACCUAUUUAGAAAUUUACAAUGAGGAAGUACGUGAUCUCUUAGCCCAAAAUCCCACCAAAAAGUUAGCGAUACGAGAGAGAAAGGAUAUUGGUGUGUACGUAAAAGAUCUUAUGGGUUUUACCGUUGACUCUAUACAAGCUGUCACUGAACUGAUUAAUCGUGGUAAUAAAAAUAGAAUUACUAGAUCUACUUUGAUGAAUGAUGUUAGCAGCAGAUCACAUGCAAUUUUCACUGUUACUAUUGAGUCUAAGAAUAGACAGGAUAAUAAAACUACUGUGGGAAAGUUGAACUUGGUUGAUUUGGCAGGCUCUGAGAGAGCGUCUCGUACUCAAGCAACUGGAGAAAGAUUGAAAGAAGCUAGCAACAUUAAUCUCUCUCUUUCUGUUCUUGGAAAUGUGAUAUCAGCCUUAGUUGAUGGGAAAAGUACCCAUAUUCCCUAUAGAAAUUCCAAAUUAACAAGACUUCUGCAAGAUUCUUUAGGUGGCAAUUCAAAAACAGCUAUGAUUGCUAUGAUUAGUCCUGCUGACAUAGAUUAUGAAGAAAGCAUGUGUACACUAAGAUAUGCAUCUAGGGUCAAAUUUAUUAAGAACUGCGUUAAAAUUAAUGUUGAAGAAAAAGGACUAAUUGAAGGUUUUGAACUUGAAAUUGCUGAACUGAAAGAUCGACUUGCUCAACUUAAUGUAAUUGAACAGCGAAGGGAACAGAAAAGGAAAGACAGAGCAGUUAGUGCUGAAGAAAAGGAGAGAUUCAAACAAACUGCAAUGGAAUUGGAGAGAACAGAAAAAAUAAAGAACGAGCUAGAAGAAAAGGUGGCCUUAAUUCAAAAGAAAAUUCUUGUUGGUGGUGAAAAUUUACUGGAAAAAGCUCAGCAACAAGCAUUUUUCUUAGAAUCCUCUGCAGCUGAAUUAGAAAAUUUAGACAGGAGUCAUCAACAUUUAGAAGAGCAACUAAAUAAAAAAACUCUAGAAAAAAUAGAUGUAGAAGAACAGUAUUCUUCAUUACAAGAAGAAGACGUCGGUCUUACUAAGAAGCUCAAAAAAGUUCAGUUGUUUAUAAAAGAAGCUAAGGAAGAACAUUCUGAUAAAGAACGAGAAUACCAAAGAGAUUUAGAAGCACUAUAUGACAAUAAUAGGCUAUUAGUUCGGGAAACCCAACUUGCUAAUCUUAUUUUAGAUAACUACAUACCUCCUGAAUAUUUGAAAAAAAUUCAGUACAAUAUGAUUUGGAGUAAUGAUGGUCAAGAAUACCAAAUGAGGGGUGUUGCUUAUACUGGUAACAAUAUGAGAAAGCGUCAAAAUACUAGUGCUGAAACCUUAACUCAGGUGAAAUUUGAUAUGAAGCAACCUUUCCAUAAGUAUCCUGAAAGAAAAAAGGAGAAAUCAAGAGACAAACGGCAACUUCCCAAAAGUUUAUCGGCUGCACCAAAGUCACUUACUAAUGCUUUUGAUGGAAAAUUAAAAUAAAAUAAGGUAUUUAUGACUCAACCGAAAGAUCUCAACUUAAAAGUGCUAUCUUUGAAGUAGAAAUUAAUCAAAUCAACUUUCAAAACUAUACUUCUUAUUAUCAACGCAUAUUGAUAUAUCUACCUAUGUCAAUAUUAUAAUAACUUCAAUAUGCUAUUAGUAAAAUAUUAUUAAUCUUCAGAUCAAUCAGUACAUUCUGUAAUAUUUUCUUGGAAACAUCUGGACACAUUUCUUGUAUUUUAAAUUCUAUUAAAAUUAUCAAUAUCUAUUUUUUAGGCAUAUGUAUAAGGAAAGAAAGAAAAUUUAAGAGCCUUGUUAGUUUUAGAGAACUUUUUUGGAAUUCUUUAACAAAUAAUGACAACCUCUUGCAUUUGAUAAUUAUAUCUCAUAAAUUGAUUUUUCCUCUUUGAGACAAAUAAACCAUUCUCUAUAUCAAAUUCUAUUAAAGUCAAAUGACCUGAAGAUUGGGAAUAUUUAUACUUAUUCACUUUACCUAUCUACGUUACAAAACUUCUACUUAUAUUAGUGAUUUACAUUGUAUACAAUUUUUUUGACAAAGUGUGACAAUUACUAACUAAACUUUUGAAUUUAUUUAGUCUGGUUUUUAUACAAUUACCAAAAGCACGCAACAUUUUUUAUCCUAAUGGUAGACUAUCUGUCACUUUUUUUCUUGUCAGUGUCUGAUUGUCUUUUGUUUAUACUUCAAAUAAAUUUAAACAAAAACAAUACAUCAUUGAUUAGCAAUUGGAAGGGGAUUGGAGAUUAGAAGUUUUUCUGUUAAAGCCGGACUAAAUAUACAGUUGUAGCUCGAAAAAAAUUACAAUUUGUUGAGAGUAUAAGCUUCAAUUAUUUAAUUUAUUACUAUGAAUUUCUGCUAUUCAGCUUUAAUUUUUGUCAUAUUUUGGAUUGAUUUUUUUGUUGUUAAUUUUAAGUUGUUCUAGAAGACUAUUACCUCUUUUAUGUCCAAUGAAAAUUUGAAUUAGCAGCUCUAGGUUUAAAGUUAAAAUAACUUGAGACACUACUAUUUGUUAAUCAUAACUACCAUAAAAGUUCUUUACAAUAUUUUCAAUGUCAAUAUUACUAUUAAUAUGUGCUGCCAGUUUGGUUCUAGUCUAUUAUUUAAUAAGUAUAAUUUUAAGUUGCUUAAGACUGCUUUAUUUUUAGCUUAGUUAUUACAGAAAUCAUAUUUUUAUUAAGUUUUUAAAUAUUUAUUAAUCUAUAAAGGCCAGUAUUAGAAUCAUUGUGAUGUUGGAAUGUAUCCCUUUACAUACACUUAUUACUAUUUUCUGUUAAUUGCUGUAAUAAAAUUAUUUCAACUAAUAAACAAAAUUUGAAUAUA